UAGGGUUCUGAUUUUAUUUUAUCUCUUAAAUAUACGUGUAAAUGUUUAUUCAUUUAUAUUUACUUCCAGAAAAACGUUUGCACGAACCUAUAUUUACCAUACUGUUUAUUAAAAUUCGUCUUUCCGAAUAUUUUCCUGUUUUUUAUGAACCUUUAUCAAAACAAAGUCCGACCGCUAGAAAAUUAGAGCUAGUUAGAAGUUAAAAGUUUUGAAACAGUGGACAAGCACGUUUCGUUAUUCUAAAACUUAUUCUGAAAUAGCAGAUUUAACAUCUUUUAUAUUAUUUUUCACUGUUUCUUGAAAGUUAUACCGCUUAUGUGUAUCAAAUUAGUGAGACACCCGCCUAGCAUGAGAGAUCCAGAUUUCAAUCCUAUCUGAGGUAAUAUUCUUUGCAGUAAGAAUUCUUUACAGUGAUGGGGAAGACAAAAUGCUUAAAAGUACUUAAUUAAUAAAAUAUGGCAACAAGCAAUUUAGUCUGUGUCAUCUGUAGAAAAAACACUCGUGACAUGAAAGUCAUUAUAUUCACUAAUGAAACUUUAACAAAAAGCUGUAAAAUAUCAAAAAUUCGUAAAAAUUUUGGCCUAAAAUAUGAAGACGUUGUUUUACCUACCAGUGUGAAUGUUACAGAGGGUUAUCAUGUAUCAUGUUAUAAGAAUUAUAUUGCCCUAAAGAAAAAAUAUUACGAUGAAGAAGAAGCAUCAACAUCAUCCGACGUAUCUUCAUUUGAACCAAGUAUUAAAACACAUUUAAAAUAUAUUAAAUAGUAAAAAAGGCAGUGAUGUAACUCUUAACAUGUGUUCAUUCGUGAUAUUUUAUUUUUAAGUUUUUAUUACAGAUAUUGUGCGCCCUGUUGAAGAUACAUCUCAACAAAAUGCAAUCCCAUGCGAGAUAGUGACGCCUGAUGCAAAUAUUAUCCAUGUGAAGUAUCAACCUACAAAGAACAAUAUGUAUCCGCGGAUGAGACAUUAGAAGAAGCACAAAGUUUCAAGAAAAAUGAAACACCAUGUUAUUUUUGCCAAAAAAGAUAUAAAAAAACACAAAGGACGAUUGCAGCCGUUACAAACUGGACAAAAAGAAAUCCUCAAGGAAAACCUACAUAAAUAUUCCGAGUUUCUUAAAGAUUCUGAAGUUUUAAAAAACCUAGGAACUUCACCAAAUGAAAUUCAUUACCACAAAAUCUGUCGCGUUGAUUUCUUUAAUAAAUUAAAAGCAAUUGCCACCAAAAGACUGCAAACAAGUUAUCAUAUAAGUAGAAAUUGUCAUGAAAAAGCCUUCGAGGAAAUAUGUAGCUUUAUAGAGGAAAAUGUACUAGCAAAAGAGCAUUGCUAUUUAUGGAGUUAUUUAAAUAAUUAUUAUAUGGCUGCGAUGACAAAAUUUGCAGGACACGAUGACGAAUACAGUAUUACUUUUAAUGAACAACACUUACAAAACAAAAUAAUUAGAAAGUAUGAAAAUGAGAUUAAAAUAAUGACUAUGCACAAUAAAAAAAUAGUUAUGCCGAUAAAUCACACAAUAGAUGAUGGUCUAUUUUCACUCUUAAAAGACAAAGAUAUUCUUCAGAAUGCCGCUUUAAUUUUACGACGACAAAUCCUAAACAUAAGAAAGACUGCAUUGCCAACAAUUUUGAAGACUACUGACUUAUUGAGAGGAGAAUGCUCAAUACCGCAAGAAAUAACUGAUUUUUAUACGACAUUAUUGGGUGGUUUCCAACGUCGACGUAGAACUAACAUUAAUUGUCAGAGAAAAAUUAAAUCACUGUCUGAAGAUUUGAUUUACGCUGUUAAAAAUGGUAAAAUUAAAACUAGAAAACAUAUAACACUAGGAAUGACUUUGAAAAGUUUGACAAGUAGCCGUAAAAUCAUCGACAUAACUAAUAGGUAUGGUCAUUGCUGUAGUUAUAACGUUAUAGAGGAGCUAGGAGAAACAGAAGUUACUUUUUCGUCGAUUAAUCGAGGAACUAUAUGUCCUGAAGGUAUUUCUUUGUCCCCUGAUUUAUUUACUGGGGUAGCUUUUGAUAAUUUUGACAGAUAUGUUGACACUACCAGUGGGAAAGACACAUUACACGAUACUGUUGGCAUUAUAUACCAGAAUAUAUGUGUACAAGAAUAUGCACCAGAAAGUUUUGAAGUUAGUAUUGCAAGUGGAUCGAAAAGAAGACGAACGUUUGAUACUAUAACUCCAGAACUAACUUCAUACAACAAGAGAGCUAGAAUGGAAGAAGUUUUACUGCCAAAUGAGGGUGAUCAACACCAAUCUAUUCCAGAAAAUUUACAACUAAUUAAAAAAUUGGAUGCUCUUUGGAUGCUGUCCCAUGCACUAAAAGUUUCAGAAACUCCAAUGUGGGUUGGAUUUAAUAGCCGAUUUAAAAAAGGUAUAAAUUCUUCAAAACAAAAAAAAUUUGUUACCUUACACAAAUUAACAUAUCGCCUACUAAUGUAUCAGUUGUAAUAGAAACCUUGAAACAAAGUCAACAAAUAGCGAUGGAAUUAAAUCAACCUUACAUUGAAAUAACAUAUGACUUAGCAAUUGCAAAAGUAGCAAUGCAAAUCCAAGCCACAGAAAAACCUUUAUACAACAAUCUAUUUAUUCAUUUGGGACCGUUCCAUAUUCCCAGUGAGAAAUGAUUCGUCGAUCGAUGUCGA